AUGGAGCAUGUGCUGGAUGUGGAUGCGUUGAAGAAGCUCACCCCCGAGCAGCAGAGGAAUCUGAUUUCUGGUGAUUUGUCGGAGCGAUGUUUGUCGAAAUGCAUAACGAGUCCAGGCAGUUCACUGUCGAACUCUGAAAGGCAGUGCCUUCAAAGGUGUAUGGAUCGUUUUAUGGAAACCUAUAAUUUAGUCUCGCAAUCGCUGCAGAAACGCGUACAAGAAGAAAUAGCUGCCAAUUCAACACGAAUGACAUAG